CCCAUCACUACAGCUCCUCUAGGACUGACUCUUACUCUCUAAUCUCCUUAAAUCUCAAUCUUGCUAUCAUCAUGCCUGAAGUCCAGCAGGCUAUGGGCCUCCUUAUCAAUGCCUUUGAUAAGUACUCUAGCAAGGAGGGGGAUAAAUUCAGCCUGAAUAAGGCAGAGCUGAAAGAGCUGCUUGAGAAUGAAUUUGGAGAGCUGCUGGGGAAAGCCAAUGACAAGGCAGCAGUAGAUGGCAUCUUCAAGGACCUGGAUACAAACAAGGACAACAGAGUGGACUUCCGUGAGUUUGUCAGCAUGGUGUGCUGCCUCACUCAGAUGUGCCACGAGUACUUCAUCAGCAAGAAAUAAGGAUCCAAGCGCCACCCUGGGGGCAGCACGGAGAGGUGCCUUUCUGUGAAAGAGAAAGAGUGUCUCUUGACAGCUUUUGUGAUGAAAGAAGAAAUACUUACUACUGCUUGAAGGCAUUAAUAUAUAUA